GGUAACUGAUAUAAACAACGUAACGUCGCAUGGUAGCUCAAGAACGUUUCACUGCGAGUAAAGACCCCGGCAAGUGCUGUGCAAUGUAAUCAAGACCACUUUCCUAGCUGUACUGCUGACAAGAAGGGGACAUUAGCAUGAGAGAUAGCACUAAAACAGAUAACUUGACAGACUAAUGUGACACAGAGGAUCAAUACACUGGGCAGUCAUUUUUUAACACGUUUCCUGGACAUCCUAGUAAUGAGGAAGAAUUGGCAAUGGGAAGCUUGAAGCAGACAGUUUGAGGUUCAGCGUUCUAAGCUGAUUAAUUGGGUGACAGUCAACCUACACUAUAGGGCAACAUAGCAGUGCUUGAUUAGAAAACCACCAUGAAUUUAUGUCCCUGCUAAAGGUUGAAAUGGAAGGUUCCACAGAUACCUAAGGUAACGGCAGAGUACCAUAUACGAAAAGAUGUAGAAGUUGCACCAAAACCUCUUAAAUGCUUGAGAAAUGUUUCAGAUGAAGAAUUCUGCCUGUUACUAGAUACAAGCUAAUCGAGGGGGAAAAGGUUUCAUCAGACCAUGGGCUGUGGACCCUCAAAAUCUGGAGAAUCAGAUAUGGGAAAAUCUGAAAAAUUGAUGAAGGCGGCCCUGCUGAUACAGAAAUGGUACCGCCGCUACUCUGCACGCCUUGAAGCACGUAGAAUUUCUGCAUGGAAGAUUUAUCAGUCUAUUGAAUAUGCAGGAGAGCAAGAUCAACUGAAGCUAUACAACUUCUUCAACAACAUGCUGGCUUUCCUGCCUCCAGACCAGAACUCUAACCAGCACUUGUCCAGUGUGAUCACAGCUAGAUUUACAGCAGGAGGCACAGCAGUUACUAGAACUGAGUCAGAACAGGAGCUUCUGAAGCACACAGAUUACACCACUAUUCGUGUGACCUCCUCCUAUAAAGGUCCCAGAUUGACAUUUCCUCUCUCCAGGUACCAACUCACAACAUUGGUGGAAGGAUUCAAGAGAGGGAAGACUCUACAUGCCAGAUUUCUGCUAGAGCUGUUACACAACACAAGACAAUUGUUAAAAACAAAGGCUAAUGUCAACGUAGUAAACCUGAACAUCACGAAGCAGCUGACAAUAUGUGGAGAUCUCCAUGGAAAGAUUGAUGAUUUGUUUACUAUUUUCUACAAGAAUGGCCUUCCUGGCCCAGAUAAUCCGUACAUAUUCAACGGAGAUUUUGUGGACCGGGGCAACCACUCCGUGGAGGUAGCUGCUCUGUUGUUUGCCUGUCUCCUACUUUUUCCUAAUGAUGUCCACAUCAACCGAGGGAACCACGAGGACAGCGUCAUGAACAUGAGAUAUGGUUUUAUGAAAGAGGUGCUCAACAAAUAUAAAGACCAUGGAACGAAAGUCUUCACAUUGUUUGAGGAGGUUUUCAGUUGGCUUCCCCUCGCCACCAUGAUUGACAAGAAGAUAUUUGUUGUUCAUGGAGGAAUUUCAGACAAUACUACUUUAUUCUCCCUGGAAACCUUAGACAGACACAAGUAUAUCUCUGUGCUCAAGCCACCUUACCAGAUAGAGGGAGGCAAUUCAGAGGCUAACGACUCAGGAAAACCAAAGAUGUCAGAAAUUAUAGAAUGGAAGCAGGUUUUGGACAUUUUGUGGAGUGACCCAAAGACGCAGCUAGGUUGCUCACCCAAUUCCUUCCGCGGGGGAGGGUGUUACUUUGGUGCUGAUGUCACAGACAAGUUUCUGCGCAGUAACAACUUGAAGCUGAUCAUACGAUCUCAUGAAUGUAAACGUGAUGGGUAUGAAUACACACAUUAUAAACAGGUGCUAACAAUCUUCUCUGCCUCCAACUAUUACGAAGAGGGCAGCAACAAAGGAGCAUACAUCAAACUGGGCCAGGAUCAUAAACCAGAGUUUGUACAGUAUAUGACAACAAAAGCCAGCAGGGGCAGGAAUAUUUCCAUCAGACAAAGGGUGGGUAUUAUAGAGGCCUCAGCAAUACGAAACCUGAAGGAAAGAAUCUUUGCCUCUGGUCUAGAACUAAAACAAGAGUUCCAGAAAUUUGAUCCAGAAAAUACAGGCAGACUUCACGUGAUGGACUGGUGCUGUGCAAUGGAGAAUGUCUUACAUAUGGAGUUGCCAUGGCGAACCCUCAGAGAAAAAUUAGUGGACGUGGAUGCUGACGGAAAGGUCAUAGUGACCACCAUGUUUGAUUUUUGCCAGAUCCACUGCAAUUUUACUACUGCUCAAGAAGGCCCCAGUUUGACAGAAACUUUGUAUAGAAAUAAAGACAGCCUUGGAACCAUAUUUCGGAUUAUCGAUAAAGACAAUUCAGGCUCAAUAUCAAUGCAAGAAUUUGAAGAUGCCUGCGAUAUUUUGAGUCGGCACAUUGGUCAUGAAAUUUCCAAGGAGCAAGUCGUGGACUUGGCGCGGUGCCUUGACAUCAACAAAGAUGGCCAGAUUGAUUUUAACGAGUUCCUUGAAGCAUUCCGAUUGGUCGACCAGAGACCUCGAACUGAUGAGGAACUGGUAUCGUUGUCCUUGACGUCGAUGUCAGACAAGGAGGCAGAUUUGCUCUCAAGGUCUUCAGGAAGUACAGUGAAUAUCAUUUAACUUGUUUUUGGAUGUAUUAUAUUUUAUGAUAAUCAUGUCAUAAUAAAUUUACAUGUAUUUUUUUUUACAUACUUUUCAAUAUUUUGAAUCAAAGAAUGAUUUGUUAUUAAGUUAUCACCAGGAGAUGUGGAAAACUGGUUAUAGACUGCAAAAUCAUUGCUGCAAUUUUAAGUAUAAAAAGUAGCAAGUGCAUGCAUGGGAACAUAAACUGACUUUAUCUUUCUCUUUAAUGGAAAAAAGUGCCAUUUUAUUAAGGCUUAGGAGCUGAUGUAAAAAAAUCAACGAAAGUGACUUAUUAAUUUUAGACAUUUUGUAUGAUAGGGGCCUAAAAGAAACUUCAGAGGUAACAUUCGUUUUUCAGCACAAGUAUUUUUUAGUCACAGCUGUUUUUAUUUUAAAUUUUUAUGCAUUAAUAAGGAUAAUAUUAUCUGUGAAAAGGGAUGAGAUUAUUUUAUUGAAGAUUGAUUUAUGUUAUCAUAUGUGUAGUAUGAAAGGUUUAAUUUUUUCAGUCUUAUGUAGGUUCAACAUUCAGCACAGAUGUUCAUGUGGAAAUGCCUUUUAAGUAUAUUUGAUAUAUAUAUAUAUAUAUAUAUAUAUAUAUAUAGGGAUAAGGAGGGUG